AUGAAAAGUGCUUUGGUAAUCUUGGUUGUUUCAAUGAAUUUAUAUAGUAUAAUCGUGCGGGCUAUUUUUGUGGAUCCAUAUUACGACAUAUUUCGGAGAUACCCGAAUAGGGACAAUUCAGACAUUAUUACAGAUUGUAAGAAAGCAAGUAUUGAAUGGAAAAAUAAUAUGAAAAUUGCUGAAUGCAAUCUUAGAGAGACUCUUGUUAAGAUUCCAAAUAAUGAUACAGAUGAUCAUUAUGCCCCAGAUCAUGUCCUGGUUAACAGAUGCUCCGGUAUCGCUGUAUCUCCAAGAGCUUGUGUUCCAAAAAAAGUUCAAAAGAAAAACUUUGUUGUAAAAAAGAGUUCUGAACAUUUUAAAUUAUGUCAUAACGUGCAAGUGGAGGAACAUACGAAAUGCGGAUUUGGUUGUAUCGUUGGAAAAAACGACUGCAAUGAAAAACAGGAGUAUCGGGAAGAUUCAUGCGGAUGCGUUUGCAUAAACGUGGAGGAGAUGAAUGAAUGUAGAAAGAGUAACAAUAUGAUGUGGGAUGAGAAAGAGUGCAGCUGCAUAUGCAAUUUGCAUGACCCGUGCGGAACCGGUAAUAAAUGGGUACCCGACAUGUGCAAGUGUGUCAAGAUAAUGAAAUCUGACAAUAACUACAUUGGAUUAGUGACAUAUUGA